AUUAGCUCGGCCAGUGGGCUGCUGAGGGCGGACCGGGUCUCCGGGUUUCCGGGUCUCCGGGUUUCCGGGUCUCUUCUGGGUCGCCGUUCAUCACUCUGUUUGAGAUUCUCUGCACAGUUCGGGAUGUAAUGCGGUUCGUGUGACGGUGUGGAUUGUUUCGGAGCUGUGACCCCACGGCGGUGUGCAGAGUUAAACGCAGAUAAAUAUCUGUAGGUGAUGGAACGUCGGUGUCUGUGUGUUGUUAGAGGUUCCUGAGGAAGAACGUCUACAGUAAAACUGAGAGGAGCACAAAAGCUGAAGGGUUCUUCGGUAUUGUGAGUGUGCCUGUAGACUGUAUCUCAGUCCAGGAAGUGUGGUGCUUUUAUCUGUGUGUUAUCUUGGGCUCUGUAAAUCGACUCAGCGUGUAGUGAUGUCUCGUCAGACGGAUGUGCUGAUGGGUCUCGGCUCGCUGGGGAUUGUGGGUAACGACCCCGAUUACAUCACGCAGCUCGUUAGUGAUGUGCGCAGGUUCGCUGAGGUUCUGCUGAGUCUGAAGGAGGCUUUUGGUUCUGCAGUGGACACAGAGUCGGAGUGUGUGUGUGAGUUGGUGAGGGAGAGACUGGCUGAGCUGCUGAGUGUGUUGAGGUGUGUGAUCAAUAAACAACAGGCAUUAAACUCGGAGGAGAUCCUCAGUGCUGCCGGAGCACUCAUCGCCAAGGUCAAAGGCCUGAAUUUAAAGGAAGUGAACAAAGAAAAGGAGAGUGCCAUUUUUCGUGAGAUAUACACGUCCAUCGACACGUUGGCGUUCACGUUUGGCAAUGUAGUGUCGGAUUUCCUUAUGGGAGAUGUGGACAGCAGCUCCGGAGUGGAGCUCUCCCGGACCAGGAGGAGCCGAUCAUUUGAGAACCUCUCUGGAAAUUCAAGAGAACACAAAGAGCUGUCAGACUCUGAGCUGUCCCCUGUACAGAGAGUGGACCAGGCCCUGCAGCAGAAUGACAGUGGAGUUGAGUCGGCUCUGCUCUACGCCAAGGCCUGGUCCAAAUACGCCAAAGACGUCCUGACCUGGGUGGAGAAACGCCUCGGGCUGGAUAUGGAGUGUGCUAAAGGAUUUGCUAAGAUGGCCGAGUCAGCGAAAGCUGUGGCGGCUCAGCAGGACUACAUGCCCUUCAGAGGGGUUUAUGUGUCUGCGUUUGAGAACGAGCUGGAUUACAGUCACACACUCCUUCAGACAGCCACAUCUCUCCACACCAACAAGUUCAUUCAGCCGCUGGUGGUGCGGAAAAGCGAGCUGGACAAACUGAGGAAGGAGUUAAAAGAGCAGUGGCAGAGGGAGCAGAAGAAAAUGAGUGAAGCUGACAGUGCGGUGCGUAAAGCUCGACUCCUCCACACCCAGCGCAGGGAGGAGUACGAGAAGGUUCACGGUUCUCACAGCCGAACGGGAGACGAGCAAACACACACAGGAGGGAGAACACAGGAGAGGAAGAGGAAGAUGGAGGAAGAGGCGCUGCAGAAAGCUGAAGAGGCUCAGGAACAUUACAGAAUGUGUGUCGCAGAUGCUGAAGCCAAAAAACUCAGUCUGACCAAAACAAAGAGUGAAAUCCUCACUCAGCUCAGAGAACUCAUCUUCCAGUGUGACCUCACGCUCAAAGCUGUGACGGUGAACUGGUUCCAGAUGCUGUAUAAUCAGCUGGUGUCGGUUCCUGUACAGUACCAGACGCUGUGUGAUCAGGUCAAACAGUAUGAACCUGGACAGUGUUACUCAGAGUUUGUACACAGUUUACCUAAAGAGCGGGUGUGGCUGGAGGCGCUGUCUCACGAGCAUGCUGGACCAUCCAGGUCAGGCAUGCCCUUCCAUAAGAGAUCACUGAGCAGCACACACUCCUCUCAGGGGAACCUGUCUCAGCUCUCUGCUGAUGAAGUGAACAGUCCUGUUCAUAAACGAGUCAGCAAGAUGGAUGAACCACCGUCCAACAGCAGCACAGCCGACAUCCAGGCUCUGAAGGGAGGGAUGUGCAGUGAUUCAGAAAGUGCAGGAGGAAGCAGUGAGUCUCGGUCUGUGGAUUCUCCCACUGCCAGUCCCGGAGAUUUUAAGCGCAGGCUUCCCAGAACUCCGUCCACAGGCACCAUGUCCUCUGCUGAUGAUUUGGAUGAAAGAGAACCUCCUUCACCCUCAGACACUGGUCUGGGUGAGAUGGUGACGGAGAUGGCGAAUUCUCCCGGUCCUUUCAGAAACGCUCAGAUGUCCAAAGCAGCUCUCACACACAAGCUGAGGAAACUGCGCGCUCCGUCUAAAUGCAGGGAGUGUGACAGCCUGGUGGUGUUCCACGGAGCCGAGUGUGAGGAGUGUUCAUUAGCAUGUCAUAAGAAGUGUCUGGAGACGUUGGCUAUUCAGUGUGGCCAUAAGAAGCUGCAGGGACGGCUGCACUUAUUCGGCAUCGAUUUCUCUCAGGCGGCUAAAAACAGUGCAGAUGGAAUUCCCUUCAUCAUCAAGAAGUGCACUUCAGAGAUCGAGAGCCGUGCCCUAAACAUCAAGGGAAUUUAUCGUUUAAAUGGAGCGAAGUCUCGAGUGGAGAAACUGUGUCAGGCGUUUGAGAAUGGAAAAGACCUGGUGGAGCUGUCGGACCUGUAUCCACACGACAUCAGCAACGUGCUCAAACUGUACCUGAGACAGCUACCUGAGCCGCUGAUCCUGUACAGGUAUUAUAGUGAGAUUAUUGGUCUGGCUAAAAAAGCUCAGAGCAUCACGGCAGAUGACACACACUCGCCUCACCUCAGCAUCGAGCUCAACCGAGUCAUCCUCAAAAUACGAGACCUGCUGAGGCGCCUUCCUUCUGCACACUACAGAACCCUGCACUUCCUCAUCACGCACCUGCACAGAGUGUCCGAGCAUGCAGAGGAGAAUAAAAUGGACGCGAGGAAUCUGGGGAUCAUCUUUGGCCCGACACUGAUUAAACCUCGGCAGCUGGAUUCGGAGGUGUCCCUGUCCUCCCUCGUGGACUACCCCUACCAGGCUCUGAUGGUGCAGCUGCUUAUUCAGCACCAUCUGAAGAUUUUUGAUGUCCAGUUAAGCCCCACCCCCUCCGCCAACCCUCCACUCAGCCGCUGCUCACAGUCUCUCCUAGACAUCAAAGAGAGCUCUAAAGCCAGUAAGAGAUACUCGUCUGUGCUUCCCUCCUCACACUCAGUGGAUGAAGUGAAGGAACUGCAACGAGCAAGUGGACAUGAGGGGAAGGACGACACAGCCGCUGACAGUACAGAUGGUGUUAACGGCGUUGGAUCUUCAGUAGUUGUCAGUCGUCUCAGUACAAAUGCAAAUAUACCCCCGGUGAAGCUCCGCCCACCACGGACCCACUAUUUGUCCCGCCCUGUGAGUUUACCUGUGGACCGCCUGCUCAAUGAACGCAACAUGGUUGAGCGAGAGAACUUGGGCGGGGCAAUCGCAGAGAAACCGGAGGCAGAGAAAGCAGAGAACCGCACGUACCGCAGCCCCUUCGUCCACACACACACCCUGAGACGCACCUGGGACAAACAGUACCGCCAUUAUGAUGUCACACCUCGCACUGCCAUGAUCGUCGCCAACUUGCCUCCCUCAGGGGCAGUGGGCGGAGCCAAAACAGAAACCGCCAAACCGGACGGAUCCAAAACGGCCAGCGCAGAUUCGCCGAGCGGUGUUUUACCUCCGAACAGUCCGUACGCCUUCACCAUGCGUCCGAUUCGGACUUUGAGACGAGACAGUAGCACGAGCGAUAAAGACGUCCCGAUCGUGUUCAGAGCACCGCGGACACUCCAGCCCCCGCCCGGAACUUUCUACAGGCCUCCACACGUCCACGUCAAAACGCCGGACACGGAAAAGGACGCUAACGUUUCCCCGACUACCACCAUAACGACACUGGCUGUCAAUAUAGCUGCACCACUCGCCACGCAAAGUGUGUGUCCAACCUCAGCUGCACUGUCAGUCACACCAACAUCACCGUCAACAGGAAGUGACACGUGUGGUGUUGAGGAAGUACAGUUGGAUUCAGAGUCGGACGACGUGAGUGAGAAUAAAUCGGUGUAUCAGAGACUGAGAGAGAGCCAGCACUCGCAGCGAGAGGCACACUUCGUAUAAACACACACUUCUCUGUUCGUUUUACACCUUCACACACAUUUCAACACAAAGCUGUGAUUAAUGUUCAUCAGGGUUUUGUAUUUCUCACUCCUCAUGUUUCGUGGUGAUCAGCCCUGCUGAGACGGGAUUAGUUUUCCCUGUGGAGGUGUGUGAGGUCAUUAUUCCCAGAGUAUCUCUGGGACUUCAGUCUGAUUUCCUGUGCAUGUGUGGAAACAUCAUGGCAUAUUUUCUCCUCCAGAAACUGAGCAGUAGAAAUAACUGCAGGUAAUAUUUCUCUCACCUGAACUGACAUGUGGCUAAAGACCACAUAACGUCCUGUGGCAGAAGUAGUUUAGCGUUUCUUCCCUGUAACUCCCUCCAGGAAGUGUGCGCGCUUUUACCUCCCUUCGUCUCCAAAACCAUGAGUUUAAAACUCAGAACAGUAAAGGGUAAAGUGAUGAGGUGCAACAGGGCGUGGCAGGGAAGAGACACUUUGGGAGGGCUCAGGGAAGGUACUGAUGCUCAAGUGUGGCCACGCCCCCUCCAACAAGCACUUUUAAUAAAGAUCAGAGCAAUCAGUGUGUGUGAUGCCGAGGUGUGUGUAGUGCACAUGGAGUGUUAGUGUGUGUACACUUACACUGUUCAUUCAUUCCUCAGCGCUAAACUCACUUCCUGCUCACGGUCACACGGCCUUACACUAGAUUACUGUUGGGAUUUUUAAAAAAUGGAAGAACAUAAAGGCCUUCCCUCUUUAGGCCACGCCCACUUCGGGUUUAGAUCCAGUUCCAGAUAGUUAUUGUGUUACACCACUAGUGUGUUUCCUGCUCUUUCACAGUCUUCUCAGCACAUUAACACACUCUCUCUCACACACACACACACACACACACACAGAGUGACCUGAAAGAUUCGCCUGUUUCCGAGCCACAUGUCCUGAACUACAGAGCUUCUUUUUGCACUGCGGUUGUGUCCCAAAUGCCUUCAUCAGAAGGAGCCGUUACAGAGUCGCACCCUCCCCAUGGUGCAGGGUGGGGUACAGUGACUGUGCGUCACACAGAGACUCGACCAGUCGUCAGUGUCUUACUGAAGCUGGAGAGCAGUGAGUGUGUAAGAGCGUGCUCUACACAAACCUGCUCUUUAUUAUUUUUAUAGAAUUUAUUAAUCUGAUAUAAAACCCUUAACUGGAAAAGUGUGUUACAUGCAGAUGGUUUGAGAUGCUUUAAUAUGCAGCUGUGUGUGUGUGUGUGUGUGUGUGUGUGUGUGUGUACAGAGGCAGUAAAUGUGUAAUGUUUGAUGCAGAUGUAACCCUGAUGAUGCACUUAAUAAGCCUGAAUGUGUGCAUGUGUAAAAUAUAAAAUGAAUGUUUUUGCAUGAAGCUGUAAAUGAUUUUAUUAUUGUGAUCAUUUUGGUGUGUGUUUUAUUUGUGUUGUCUGUAACACACUCCACCGACAACAAUACAGAACAUUUUAUA